AUGUCGCACUUCAUGAUGCUUGGACGGCUUCUUCUCCUCUGCGCCUUCACCCAGGCCCUCAACUUUCGUCCUCCGUGCGCUCCGCUGGAUGUGGCCUCGCCGUAUCAAAGCACCUGGAGCUGCACCGACAACCUGACGGAUGGAUCACCUGUGCACUGGACAGGCGAUGCGCUUGAUUGGGUCGGCCUGAUUCGGGUGGACAAUGCCAUCUACCGCUGGCUGGGCCAGCCCAUUCAGGACGUCGCCGCCGCACAGCAACUCAGCAUCGAUGUCCUGCCGACGCUGACGCGCUAUGUCUUCCAGGCAGGCUCGGCCACUCUCACCGUAGAAUUUCUCACGCCCGCUGUCGAUCAUGACAAGGAGUUCGUUUGGGCGACAUGCCCUGUGACAACUGUCAGCUUCCUGAUCGAGGGAAGCGGGUCGGCGGAGGUGUACUUCGACAUGUCUGCCGCCACUGCCACGCAAAAAGCUGACCAGGAGGUCACCUGGGCCCGCGAGCCAGGUCCAGGCAUCGAAGUCAUGCGCACGGGGACGGUCGCGCAGAAGGUUUGUGGUCAGACCUCCGACCGCUGUGACUGGGGUUUCCGCUACGUCGCCGUGGCCUCCGGAGCCAAGACUGUGAUGGCUUCGGCGUCUCAAACGCGUGCCGCCUUCGCUCAGGGCACCUACUCAAAGAUGGAGGACGAUGCCGGCCCUGCAAGGAAGGCUUCCGACCGACCGUUGGUGCUGUCGGCGGCGCUGGCAGUCACUCCGGGCACAGCCGCCAGGCUGCACCUGAUGCUGGAUGAGGUUGUGGCCCAGCGAUUCUUCGGCACAGACCUGCGGCCUCUGUGGACGCAGCACUUCAAGAACGCGACGCUGGCCUUGGCCGCCGCUGAGGAGCAAACGGAGGUUCGAAGAAGCCGGGCACAGGACUUCAACCAGAAGCUCAUGACUCAGUUGCAGAGCCGGGGGGGUGAGAAGUACGCGCAGUUGGGAUCGCUGGUAUACCGCCAGGUGACCGGCGCCACCUCGACGGCGUGGAACCACAAAGCAGGCGAAGAGUGGCCGUUCAUGAAGGAGAUUUCUUCCGACGGGGACGUCUCAACCGUGGAUGUCAUCUUCCCCGCCUUCCCCUUCUUCCUGCAUUUGGCUCCCGAAUUCUUCCGCAAGCUGAUGCUGCCUUUGCUUGUCUAUUCCGUGAACGGCACGGCGCCGUACGGUAUGGACAUCAAGUACAACUUAUCCUGGGCGCCUCACCACCUCGGCACUUGGCCCGUCUGUGCCUUGCGCAGCGAUCAGCAAGAGCAGAUGCCGGUGGAGGAGAGCGGCAACAUGCUCAUCAUGAUCGCUGCCGUGUCCAAGAAGUUGGGGAACCUCGAAUGGUUGAGCAGCUACUGGCCGCUCUUGAAGACCUGGGCCGACUUCCUCGUGGCAUCUUUGCCAGACCCUGGCAACCAGUUGUGCACAGACGAUUUCGAGGGCCCCAACCCGCACAAUGUCAACCUUGCUGGGAAGGGCAUCGUCGCCCUGGCGGCCUACGCAGAGCUGCUCAAGCUGUCGGGGCAGGAGACCGAGUCGGCGAAGUACCAGAAGCUCGCGCAGGGCUUCGUCAACGACUGGCUGCAUGGAGCAGCUGACGGGGACCAUUUCCGAAGGCAGUAUGAUCUUCCUGGAACGUGGUCCCAGAAGUACAAUCUGGUAUGGCAGAAGGUGCUGAACCUCCAAGGCCUCUUCCCGGACAGUGUUUUCGAGAAGGAGGCCAUCGAGUACGGAACACGUCGACAGAGCUACGGCAUUCCGCUGGACGAUCGUCACAACUACACAAAGGCUGACUGGUCCACGUGGUCGGCGGCUUUCUACAAGCAGGAACAUUUCACGGCGGCCAUUGACGACCUAUGGAGAUUCGCAGCCUCCACCCCGGACCGUGCUCCGCUAACGGAUUGGUACGACACCAUCACCGGCCACAUGAAGGGCUUCCGCGCUCGCCCCGUGAUGGGUGGGAUCUACAUCGGCCUCCUCACACCACUUAGUGACGCCAAGGAGGUCCCCAUCGUCGUGUGA